CCUGCAGGACGCGUCUUGCAUGAUGACCAGCCCGUUGUUCGCGGGCCUGAAGCGCGUGGCCGACGCGGCUGGGUCGCAAGUCUUGGGCGAGCACAAGAAGAAGGUUCAGGUGCCCUGGGCGGACCUGCAGGACGACGUGGAGAGCGAGUGCUCGACGUUUGCGCUGAGCUCCAUCGACGGCCACCUCUCCUCAGACGCCGCGUCCGAGAAACACUCCGAGUCCUCGAACAAGCGCAUCUCCGCUCAGCCAUGGUCCCGCUCGAUGCUCGCGGACGGGCUGGUGGCGGUGCCCGAGGAGAGGGAGGAGGACGACGCGAAGCACGCCCUCGCGUGGGCCCAGCCGGGCUCCAUCAUCGAGGUGGUCGGCACGUACCCGUCAGGAGGGCAUGCCGUGAUCACCGAGGUCAACAGCGAGGAGGGCACCUUCCGGAUUCAGCUCAUGCGCGACGGUCAGCUCACCCGCCGUCGCAGGACGAUCAAGUGCAAGCACGCCCGCCUCGUGCAGCACGCGGGGGCGCAGGCAUCGGAUUGAGUCAGUCGCAGCGCGCCGGAGCUGCGUCGCCUCUUGAGCCUCGCGUUUGUCUGCUUGCGCCCGCGCGGAGCACUACGGCCACGGCAGGCGGUUCCAGACAUGGGACAGUCGCCGGGGCGUCAGUCAGCAAUCGGGGGACCAAGAAGGUAGGAGUUGGAGUGGCACCACCAGGUUGUGUGCCUCUUUCUCCGUGGAACUGCUCAGCUCAGGAACAAACAACAAG